GAAUUUGCUGUACUUAAGUUGGUGUGUGACAUGCAUGCACUGCCUUGGAAAACACCACCUUCUAGAAGCUGUCUAGAAUAUCAUUCCCGUUCGUAGUCAAAGCACGCUGCCAAUCGAAUCGAUAGGGAGUAUGUAUGACGGCAGUGGCUUUUUGCCUUUCGCCCUGGGUUGGGUCGCGUUGGAACAACGUUUGCAAAGCCAACGCCCGGUACAAGUACAUUCUGGAGAUACCAGCUCUGUCUCCCAGGGUCUGUUUGCCCAGCUCGCCCAGGUAGGGGAGGAGAUAUCGGAAGUGACAUUUCGGGAAGUUCGUCAUGCUGCGGGAAAUGGCAAGAAUCCAGGGGUGCGCAUGCCCAGCUCUCUUCCCCCACGAGCCUUCCCCUCCCAGGCUAGACUCUCCGAUCGCUCGAAGGCAUGUGUGGUAAAUAAGGUACAGUCAGUGUGAUGCUGGUUGUUCGGUACCUGGCAGGUACAUCCGUGACAUGGCAGACCAAAAACAUUGGAGCCGGCCGGCAUGGU